AUGAACUAUCAUGCCGAGAAAGACAGAAACUCUCAUAGGGGACAUGAGCUAUCAGAUUACCAAAGAGGAAUGAUUGUUGGCAUGUCAAAGUACAAUUCAAACAUGAGUAGCAUUGCAAGAGAACUUGGUCUCGGAGAAGCAACAGUCCGGGCAACAAUUAAUCGAAUUCUCAGCCGUAUUGUCUUAAAUAACCAAAAGGCGUCUUUAAAAGACAUUGCCAAUGAACUCCAGGCCGCUGUAUCUGCUUCUGUGAGCCACCGUAUAGUCCACAAAACUAUCAAGGAGCUUGGCCUGGACAAUACACUAGAACUUGAAACAACAUCCUGCUCACUUAAACUUGGUAAGGACCUAUCCCCAAGUUUGAGCUCUACACAUAAAAUUAUGCGUUUAAACAUCUCUUAUAUUUUUGCAUUCGAAGAAUCAUUGAAAAAAUCUAGAGCUAAUUGUAUUAUAAAGAAGAGUUGUGACAAAGAGGCUAUUAUCUCAUUGUUUAGAAUUGACGACGAGUGUGAUAGUAUAAUUGAGCUCAUUAAAUACAGUAAAACACAUUUAGGAAAAAGCAAUAAAGCAUUAUGCUCAUAUAUAGCCUCAAAAGUACAUUACAUGUCUGCUAUAAGUAAAUGUUUUCUUUUUCUUAGAGAAAAGUAUAUCAAAAUUUCUCUAUUAAACAAACAAACAAAAAAGUCUUCAUUUUUGACAGUUUUUUUAGAUCAGCCCGUUGUUGGAGAUAUCUACUCCUUUAACUCUUUUCAAAUUUGGAAGAUAUCUCAAUGGGAAAGUCUUCCAAAUGACCAUUCGUACUCUAGCCCAAAGUUUUCUGUCGCAGAAUACCAGUGGUAA